AUGGAGGCGAGAAAAAGCUUGCGAUGGACGGUGAUCUGGUACUUCAUACUGAUGUGGUCCUCAGGGCUCACCGAUGGCUCUGAGCAGAAACCCAUCACGCAAUCCGCCAAAAAGCCGAACAUCAUCUUCAUCUUAACCGAUGACCAGGAUCUCCAUAUGGAUUCGCUGUCGUAUAUGCCCUUCUUGAAAGAGCACGUGGCCGAUCACGGCACUGCCUUACAGAGGCAUUACUGCACCGUGGCCUUGUGUUGUCCCUCAAGGGUAAGCAUGUGGACGGGCAAGGCUGCGCAUAACACCAAUGUCACCGACUUACAUCCUCCUUGGGGUGGAUAUCCAAAGUUUGUCAGUCGAGGCUUCAACGACGCAUACUUGCCUAUCUGGCUCCAGGAUGCCGGAUACAACACUUACUACGUGGGCAAGUUGUUCAAUGCUCAGAGUACGUCCAAUUACGACAAGCCCCAUGCAGCAGGAUGGACUGGCUCCGAUUUCCUUCUUGACCCAUAUACGUAUGAGUACUACAAUGCCACCUUUCAACGCAACCAUGACCCCCCUGUUAGCUAUCAGGGUCGAUACUCGACGGAUGUUAUUGCGGAGAAGGCGCUAGGAUUUCUUGAUGAUGCAUUGAAGGUGGACAGGCCGUUCUUCCUCACCAUUGCGCCGACAGCUCCUCACAGCAAUGUGCAUAUCAAGGACGACACGGCAGAACAAUCUAUGGCGCGCCCCGCUAGACGCCACGAGCACCUGUUCAAGGACGCAAAAGUCCCCCGGACUCCCAACUUUAAUCCUGACAGACCGGGUGGUGCUUCAUGGAUCCUCACAUUACCCCUGCAGAAUCAGUCAAACCUCGACUACAAUGAUGAGUGGUAUCGCAACCGCCUUCGGGCAUUGCAAGCUGUUGAUGAGAUGAUUGACGGCAUAGUGAACCGCUUGGAGAAAGCUGGCAUGUUGGAGAAUAGCUACCUUUUCUUCUCAACCGACAACGGCUACAGCAUCGGACAACAUCGAAGGCAACCCGGAAAACAAUGUGCGUUCGAAGAAGACGUCAAUAUUCCUCUUAUCGUGCGAGGGCCCGGCAUCCCCAAAGGCUACCGCACGGAAAUUGUCACUUCGCAUAUCGACCUUGCGCCCACAUUUCUAAGCCUCGCAGGUGUCUCGGAAGCCGAAAUGACAAAGUACGAACUGGAUGGCAGUGUCAUACCAUUGCACGCCUUGGACUCGGUGCUUUCAGAGCAACCAUGGCCACAAGAGCACGUCAAUGUAGAAAUGUGGGGAAUCAUCAUGUCCGAAGGGAGAUACGGCUAUAUUCUCUAUCCCAAUCAUACCUACAAGGCGCUGCGGGUUAUUGGCAACGGUUAUGAUCUGUUGUAUACCGUUUGGUGCAGCAACGAACACGAACUGUACGACAUGACGAAGGACCAAUGGCAGAUGGACAAUAUCUACCAUGCAGGAAGCAGAUCUUUCAACAUUGCCACGCCUGCCGCAGGGUUGAGUAGCCAGUCGCCUUACGCUCCCUCCCUUACAAGCACAGGGCAAGUUCUCUCAAUUACGAACGUCAGCACCACGAUAUCCCGCCUCGUAUCCCGCCUCGACGCCCUUCUCUUGGUGCUGAAAACUUGCAAGAAGGACGAAUGCCGGUUUCCAUGGUCCGCCCUCCACCCCGCCGGCGGUGUGCGCAGCCUCCGAGAUGCGUUGGAUUCAAGAUUCGAUGAGUUCUAUCGCACGAGGCCGAAAGUGCAAUAUGAGCGGUGCGAAAGAGGAUACUUUCCUGCCAGCGAAGGUUCGAUGUGGGACGACGGCAUGUCUUUCAGAGCAAUGGAGCAUGAAGUGUGGACAGGCCCUUGA